GUGUAAUCCCCAUAGUGCAAAGAUCUACGACAGAGGACUUCAGCGGCUCCCCUGUAAACACACAGGACGAUGUGGCGUUUUUGUCGCUACUUUUUACUUGCUUCAUAAUGGCGCAGCAGGCGGAGAAAGCAUAUUAUCGCUUUGUGGUCCUGUUCUUUAACUGCAUGCUGACAUUUGGCUCAUAUUUCUGCUUUGACAUCCCCAGUGUUUUGCAAGAACAAUUUCAAGGGAACCUGACAUGUCCAAAUACAACAGUGAUCAAUGGGACGGUGGACUGUGUGGUGGGACUGGGGAUGACCCCUCAACAGUACAACCUCCUCUAUGCUAUUUAUGCUUGGACAAAUGCAGUAGUAGUGAUCAUUGCUGGAUUCCUGAUUGACAAAUUAGGAAAUCGCUUUGGUGUGUUUCUCUUCUCGUUCUUGUGCGUUUUGGGAUCGUCUACGUUUGCACUGGGUUCACACUUCAAAGGAACUCCCUACCUGCUGCCGCUUAUGCUGACAGGCCGGCUCCUUUUUGGAUCCGGAAAUGGAUCCCUCACCAUUGUUCAGAACCGCAUCACAGCCUUCUGGUUCAAAGGGAAGGAGCUGGCGUUAGCCUUUGGUUUGACGUUGGCCUUCUCUCGCCUGGGUUCAGUUUUGAACUUCUUCCUCACUCAGAAAUUUGAAGAAAACUAUGGGAUGCAGUGGACACUCUGGGGUGGUGCAGUGUUGUGCGUGUUGGGCUUCGUGUCUGCGAUCAUCGUCAGCACUCUGGACAAGGUCGGAAUGAGACAGCUUGGUCUUGACGGGACCAUCCAGGAGGCGUCACGCAGAGUGAGGAUUCAUGAUGUCAAGCUGUUGUCAGUAAGAUACUGGCUGCUGGUUCUCACCAUCAUGUUCUUCUACAAUGGAAUCUUCCCAUUCAUUGCUGAUGCCAGCAAAUUCAUCCAGGAUAAAUACACCGAGUACAGUCAGAAGGAGGCGGCGUAUAUUGCCGGAGCCGUUUAUGACAGCUCAUUGGUCCUCUCAGCCUGCGUCGGCAUUCUCAUCGAUUAUGUUGGUCUGCGGGGGAUUUUUGCCGUGUCUUGUGCCAUUCUCACCCUGCCGGUUUUUGGGCUUCUGGCCUUCACCUUUGUGCCUCCUCUGGUCUGCACCAUAUGGCUGGGAAUCACUUACUCUUUUGCUGCUGCGAGCAUGUGGCCGUCCAUCCCUCUUGUGGUGCCUCAGGCAACUCUGGGAACAGCCAUGGGCUUGGCCACCUCCAUACAGAUGAUUGGCAUCGGGGUUUCCAGUCUGGUUGUUGGGGCAAUUUUGGGAACUAAGACCAGUGAGACUAAGAUUCCGUUGUGGCGUUGGCAGAGGAUGAUGAUCUUUAUGUUGGCCAACACCAUCAGCUGCAUCGUCACAUCGGUGCUGCUGAACAUUAUCGACCACAAACAGGGUGGGACCCUGAACAAGAUGACCAAGCGGUCAGUGCAAGCAGACGCAAAGCCAGAGAGUGAUUCGCUCAUUCAGAACGAGGAAGUGCAAGAUGAAGAUGAAGACGAAGGGACGGUCCGCUCUCAUUCUGUCAACUCCUAGGUUUUCAAACUCAUUUCCUGGAAACCUUAAGUUUGACCCCAUCGAUGUACGGAGACUUUGACUGAGCCGACGGAGAGGAUUAUGUCUAAAUCUAAACAAGUGAAACAGCCAACUGACAGGAAACUGUUAUUUUUUUGUUAAAGUGCAGGUAAACCCCAUUGACUCGUGCAAGUUGGGGUCCACAAAAUUGACCUGUAACUUAGCUGAAAGCGUGAGUUAAUGCGGUUGACCAAAAAAAGUUAAAAUCAGCUUACUUUGACAAAUUACAAUAGUUUUGACCAUUUGAAGCGUGAUUCCUUCCUAGAUAGAUUUUUUUUUUUUUUUUUUUUCAUCUGGAGUUGGUUCCUCCUCCGGCUGUUGCACUUUGUCAGUGCGGACGAUUCUGGACGAUUCUUAAGUGUUAUCAUUACGGAGCUGGAUGUGAACUUCCUCUUUAGAUCCUUCCCACGAUUGAACAUGAUGGCCACUUGCGCGCUUGAAAAUUUGCUUGCUUUAACAACCAGAACUGGCCUGCUUGCUUGAAAAUCUUCGUAGAACUUGCUGGAGACGACGUGGAUGCUAUGACAGUGAAAGAAUGAUCUAAGUCAGUUCAGAUUGGGCUGGAAUUUAUACUUGCGCCAGCCCCUCCUAAGAACGGUCAAAUCUGACAAAAAUAUUGACUUUUAUACUGUAAUCUAAAUUUUCAAAAGUAAAUUUCACCUAGGGAGCCUGCGUGACGUGUUCUGACACACCAGUGUAGCUGCACGAUGUCACCUGACAUCAGAAGAUGGUCACAGGUUAAAUGACGCAUUUUGAAGUGUUGGUUUUUUUGAGGGGGGGUUGGAGGAAUAGUUAGUAUGCUUAAUUUCUUAAUUUGUGCAUAUUAUCAACUGCAGAAGCAUUGUGAUCAUUACGCGUACUUUGUAAUAAGGACACACAGGAAGUCGACUCUGUGUGUGGUUGAUCCUGUCAGAUGUUAGAGGCGAAGUAGAGCUAACCAGGGUAUAAAACAUGUACCAAAUCCAAACAUGGACCUGUUCAGGAUCUGCUGUAGUGACCCCUGAACAAAAUGGGGGAGGAGAGCAGCCAAAAGACAGGGGGGAAAAAAAACAUAACAAGGCGAUAUCAUUUGAUUUGUGCACUUGUAACAUGUCUCUUUUAUGUAAAUUGAUUAGUUGAAAUCAAACUUCAGUGGGCUGGUGGUGCUGCUGCCGCCUCCCGCUUCUACCGCCUAUGUUUUCUGUCCGACAGUAUUCACCACGAUAGUAUCUUAAAAGUUUAGCUCACAUUGCAGCCAGCAGGUGGUGCUGCUUGAUCAAAGCACAUUCAUGCACUGCUAGGAUUGCUGUAACAUUUUUGUAGUCCAGUAGCCCAGUGUGGUCAUUUAUAGGUUGUGGUCAAAGGAACAGAUUUUAUUUUUAUCAUUAAACUAACUCGUGAAACACUAUAACAGCAAGAAAAGUACUUCAUAGUUUCUGUUCCUUGACCAAAUAUAUUUUGUAUUGUUUUGUUUUUACUGUGGUUUGACUUUAAAGGGAAAAAUGCCUGCGCAUUUUAGCUCAAUCUUUAUUGUCAUGUUCAUAGGUGCUGUUUUAUCAGUUAGUUUGUCAGAUACUCAAGAAUGACGAUCACGGUGGUGAUCUUUGAACUUUGUAUUUUUAGCUGUAUAAUCGAGUUUAAUCAUGUUUUUGAGAUUGCUGAUGGUCAUAAAAUUAUUGUCUGUCACUUUUAUCAUUAUUUCUGGAGCAUAUGCUGCAGAAUGAUGUGCAUCUGGAAAGUAUUCACAGCACUUCACUUUUUCCACAUUUUGUUAUGUUAGUCUUAUUCCAAAAUGGAG